AUGAUCUUAUUGGUGCGACUGUGUUUGAUGCGAGAUCAGUGCGUGAACUUCCAAACCAUGAGUUUUACCGCAAGUGGGUUGGCCUCACGAAUAGUCAGUCAAAUGCGAACAGAAGCAAAGACAACUGCGCUGCAGUGCACCGAGGGAUUCAAAACACACUCUAGAGCCACAGGUUUUCGUGGAUUCCUUAAACUAUCAGUCACAGUCCUUGGUCCUAAUGAUGUGCAACAAGCACAUGAUCUAGAUGCUGAGUAUCAAAAAGAACUUGUUGAGGAAGUCGGCUAUGGCGUGGAUGGCAUGGUAAAACCGAACUUUACUAUGUGCAAUCUGUGUCAACGUGCUUAUUUGUGUCGCAUUCUCUAUAUUGUAGGAAGACCACUUACUUGGUCAUUUUUGUCUGGGAAGCUGAGGAUCUCAACAUAAUGGAAGCGAAUCUUUUCUCCAACACCCGGAUCGAAGCAUACGUGAGAGUUAACUUUUGUGGAUCCCAGGCAAUUACAUCCGUAGUAUGUGUUCGGGGACGUGCUCGUUUGGCUCCUGAGUUCAAUGAAGAACUUUGGCUUCCAGUCACAGAACCGACAGAAACAAGACGCAUUUCAGUUGGGCUCUGGAACUAUAGCUCCCAUACUAGAGAUAGGCCGAUUGCACACUUGUAUUUCGACCUAGACGACAUCGAACGGAGCAGCAAAUACAUAUCUGGAAGUUUUUUGGGUGGCGGGCUACUGGAGCAGAACAACUAUAUGGGGCCUAGGCCUCGCUGGUAUAAUUUAUACGGUGCGCCCAUCCGUAUUCAAGGUAAGCGUGGUGCCUUGCAGAAUCGAUAUGGUAAUGAAGCCUCCACCUAUCGUGGUCGACUUCUUCUUUCCAUGGAACUUCUUGCUAGACCACCUAACGAGCAACGGCAUAAGAGUAUGGCUCAUCGAAGGCCAUUUCAUUUCAAGCCAAACACACGCCUCACAUCGGCAUCUGCCAAGUAUCAUCUGCGUGCUCUUGUGGUGAUGGGCUCCGAGAUACCACAAUUUCGUUCCCCAGCCAUCGGGAACUGUACCAAAAUGCGUUUGGUGAUUUCUAUAGGUGCGGAUGUAAUUUCUGUUGUCGAUUGCACUGCGCUCUGCAGGUAAUCAUACGCUUACUUAUGCUUGGGAGCCAAACAAGCGCGGUGUUGUGAUGUGGAACAUGCUACUAACCUUGAAGGUAGUAUUGCAUGUUUGCUCUCGUAUACUUCUUAUUGAUAUAGGCAAUAAAGCUUCCAGUGCUUGUAGAGGAGAUACCAGAUGUGUGCUUGUACCUUGUACGUGGUCCGCCUAAAAUCUUAACGGUGUGCUUUAGCCGCAUAGCUGCUGCAAGAUUGCUCAGGGAGCAAUUUCGUGCAGGACCAUGCUGGGAAUUGCUGAAACCCGAGCCAUCAAGAGCGUCUCAACUUGGUGGAGCUGCGCUCAAAACAAAUCCUGGUGCUGUGCUUCUUAAGCUUGGCUUUGGUCUAUCAGAAGAUGCACUGGAUCCUGACUUUAGUUGGCCAGAAGAAGAGCUCCUGAGGAAGGCCAAGGAUCGUGUGCCUUUUUGCCUUCGGGUUUUUAUCUACCAAGCAAAGGAAUUGCCUGCAUCGGACCAAACUAGUCUCCUUGAUCCAUAUGUCAAAGUACGUUUCUGCGGUAAGAAAGAGAAAACACGAGUGCAUGCAAUGACAACGGCGCCGCUUUUCUAUGAGACAUUAGAAUUUCAUGAGAUGCUUCCACUCGACGUGCGCUUUGGGCCUGACAUCGUUGUGCAAGUGUGGGACAGGGAUGUAUUCUCGUCUAAUACUCCGAGGGCGCUCUUGCGUUUCCCAUUGACCAAGUGCCAUGUUCUUGCUUCAGAAGGAUCUAAAAUUCCUUCUCCCAGCUGGGAAAACCUCACCAGUAUUGGUGCAGAGCCAAUAAGCAGCCAAAUUCUCAUGUCAGCAGCGCUUAUUCGAAAAAGAGACCUCUCUGAAAGACUCGGCCGUUCCGAGUGCAUAAUCCCACAGAUGAGACAGGCUUGGGUGGAGAUCACAUGUGUUGGCGUACGUCAGCUAAAAGCUCAUCGGCUGCGGGCACCCCAAGAGCCAUGUGUGCGCAUUGAUGUGCCCGCUCCGAAUGAUAGAGGCAAUUGCUUCAGAACACAACCAAGUUCUGUGCCGUCUGGACGGAAUGCAAAUUUUCUAGAGCGAAAAGUCAUGGCUAUUGAUAUGCCAGAAAACCCCCUGUACGCUCCGAACCUUGACCUACGUGUGUACGAUGCCCGGGUUGGUAUUUCCGCAGGGCUUCACAAACGUCUUCUUGGUGCAAGCUCAAUUGAUCUUUCCAGCAAACUGCCAUGGAAUUCUGAGGCCUUUGUGGCGCCGCAAACAGAAUUAUUCAGCGGCAGCGAUGUGUGGCAACAAGAGAAGGAAAGGAAUGAAGAGUCGCAUCUGCGAACCCAAUCUGAGCUUCUAGGUAGUGGUUUAUCACAAUGGACUAUCAAAUAUCCUGGUGAUGCAGGGUUGCAAUUUCGUGAGAGACUUGAUAGCAAUCAUGAAGACGACUAUGACGAAUUUGAGUGUGAUGUUGAGCACCUCGAAUUAGAACGUCAUUCUCCAGAUGCCUUGAGUUCUAUGCCUGGAGAUUCUGGGACAGGAGCUUUUGAUCCCAUGAUUUUGUCCGGGCUUCCAAUGAUCCAUGAAGAUGUUAUCUUCAGAGAGAAGCAGAUUCAAUUUGCCGAGAAAUUUCCACUUGAUGAAGAUAUCACUCCCUUCCCUGAGAUGAUAAAUGCGAGUUCCACUUCGACCGAAUACUCUACCCUCCUUGGGAGCCAGGCGAGCUAUAAACUAAGUGAACUUCCCAUCUCAUUUCCAUCACAAUGGGCUGCUGCAGAAUAUAUCGAGGGACGUGAGUGGUGGACGAAACAGGGGGGAAGGGAACUAGAGAAUCACUUGAAAACUAAACCUUUUGAAACAUACAAGUUGUUCCGAGGAAAGUUUCAUCCAAAUGCCUCAAAAUCUACUCUUCGCUGCGUUGGGGUAUUCAAGGGAAUACUACGAGUCCUAGAGACAAAUCCAUCGUGUGAGAAGGAGCCUUUUUUUCCGUUACAGAUUCUUUCAUCCGCUAUAUAUACAGUGCGUCUGUACAUAAUACGAGGCUCUAAUCUCCAACCUGUAAAUGGGAACUCAGCUGAUCCAUAUCUCAGGGUGAAGUUGGGCACUGAUAUUCAAGACAGCAGGAGCUCACACUGUACUAGGACACUUAAGCCUGAAUUCUAUGAAACGUUUGAGUUCCGUACAGUGAUCCCUGGUCCUUCCCUGCUUAAAGUCCAAGUCAGGGACUGGAAUAGGUUUUAUCCCGUGCACGAGAUUAUUGGUCAAACAGAAAUUGAUCUUGAAGACCGGUGGUUUCAUUAUGGGUGGCAAAAGCUAGAUAGGUUGAAACCAAUUGAAAUCAGGAGUUUACACAAAGACACAUCACCUAUCAUCCAAGGCCAAUUGCAUCUUUGGUUAGAGAUCAGGCCAGAGGCAGAAGCUCACAGGGAGCCACCUGUCGAGCUCCACGGACCAAAGAAGCAAAAGUUUGAAUUGCGCAUAGUCUGUUGGAAGUCUAGGGAUGUGCCAUUCGAUAUGGGUGACUACUUUGCCGAGUUUUGGAUUGGCGAUUCCCGGAAGCAAAAAACUGAUGUCCACUGGCGUUGCAGAAAUGGACAAGCUAGUUGGAAUUGGCGAAUCAAGAUACCAAUUGAACUUCCACUAGACUCACCAGAGAAAGGUCGCCUCAUGUUGCAGCUUUGGGACCAAGAUGUUAUCAAGUGGAAUGAAGUAAUUGGCGAUACACAGGUUGAUCUGUAUCGCUGGUUUCUCAAAGCCUACCACGAACAACGUGUCGUGAAUGUAUUCAAGGAAGUCAAGGACGCAAUUUCCAGACAGCAAAUGAAGGCCGCCAAAAAAGAGACAUAUGGGCGCAACAUAGAUUCGAAUGAGGAGGGAACAGAAAUUAAUGAAACAGAAGUGCGAACCUCACCAGAUACUCUGGAGGUAGGAGGAUCUGCGUGAUAUUGUUCUUCUUAUUUUAGCAGACAGCCCUUUUGUAGAAUCAUCAUAAGGCUAUCGAACCGGAUGGAGACUCGAAGGAUGCCAGGCGACACGCAACUCAAAUGGCGAGAAUUGAGGCACGAAGCGACUCAAAAGAUGCUGCCUACUUUGUCAAGCAGCUCAAGGAAAUGGUCGGUCUUGGUGAAAUUGAUGAGUCGGCGGAAUGGAUAAAUAUAACGUACCAUGAUAGACGCAGAAGCAGAGUGCUCCCUCGUGGCAGUCUUGCCCUCUCGGUAGGCACAUUCGACGUUACUGAAACAACCAAGUAUCAUUAUUUAAUCCUUAGAUUGAAAUAUUGCCUGAGGAGGAGGUUGAACUGAGACCUGCUGGACAUGGGCGCACAGAACCAAAUGCAAAUCCAUAUCUUCCACCAACGGCUGGCCGCUUUAGAUUUUCCUACAAUCCAUUGGCCCUGUGUUCCGCGAGGAGACAGCGUCUUUUGCAUGGCAGAAGCAUAUAAAAUUACCUCAAAGGGUUUUUAGGCUUUGCUUGGCCCAAAAAUUGCAUUUCAGGUCUCCAUCGAUAUUCCCAGCCUCAGCUAGCAGAUGAUAUUUUUUAUCUCUAUAACGUAGGUCGGAUGUUGCUUUUGCUGUCUUUUGGUUAUGAUUUUAAUAGGGUUUUGCGGUAUAUAUUUUACAUCCUUGUGAGUUUUUUGUCCACCUUAUGCUAACUUUGAAGGGCUUUUUAAUAGUUAUACUGUAUUGGAAUCGCUUGGGUUGACACAAUCAGGAACUUCCUGAGGCUUCUAGUUGGCGAUGAGGUAUACAUCCCUCUAGUUGGGACUGAAAGGUUUAGGCUGUUUCAAGGUUCUCCAAUAGGACUUUCGGCAUUUUGUCGUGCGCCGCACCAAGACUUGAUGCGGGAGCGCCCAGUCGCCAGCGACGGGCCGACUGAAUGAAUGAUUAUGAGCGGAUGAACGCAGGGGACUUUUAGAAUUCCCUGUGCGCGCCGGGGAGGGGAGCUAGCGCGCAUUUUCCUUGAAGUCUAUAUGUGAAAGCCCUUCAAGCCGUGGCUCAUAGCCCGCCAAACUGACUCAUCGCCGAUGCAGCAAAUCAAAACCUCCGUUUUAGGAGACUGACAGCGGGCGAUUCAUUUCCUACUGGGUUUCCAGAGUAGAAAAAGCAGAAGGUAAUUGUCGCCUGGUCCCUCGGGCGGCAGCCCACCGUACACCGCCUAAAGCCGGCUCUGGGUCGCAGCGCCAAGUAAGGAAGGCAAACGCACGGCGGCGCCGGGGGCCCCCGUGCGAAUCAAUGGCAGCGGCCGGGCCCAGUGGUGGCAGCCUUAGCUGGUUAGAAGCGGUGCGAAUCAAUGGCAGGGUAACUGUCCAAUAAGAAAUUACUAAAUUCGAUUUCAUGUUCUGUAAAAUCUACAA